AUGACCGCACCGUCUCCACCCCAAGCUCUCGCUCAGCCAGUCACCAGCGCGUCAGCCCUGUUUGACUGUCCGUUAUCCAAGAUCCCUCUUAUGCAAGUUGCUGGAUUCCGCUGCCGCCCACUUCCGGUCGGGUGCGCAAAGGUGACCGAGGAGAGCGCACCGGGAAAUGGUCGCUGCCGCGCAGCCCUGCUUCGGGCGGCUUGA